AUGUCUAGGGCCUCGUUGGAGGAGAGUCGACGGAAAGCUGAGAAAGCGGGAAAUAAAAAUGGAAAUCCAAUUCAGCUUCCAGGCAAGAUUCUAGCAAUUGCUCCCGAUCCUUUUAACUUGAACUCUAUCUUUAUCGCGGAAAGUUCUGGUGUUUUGAGAACUAUCGCCCUCGAAACAGGUGAAACCACUGCGGUUUAUAGAGGGCCUACGGCACCAUUGACGAGCCUUUCCUUCUCUCCCGAUGGGAAGACUGUAUUUUCCGGAUGCUGGGACAAAAGCAUUUGGAGUUGGGAUGUGAAGACCCGCAAGCCUUGGCGCAGGUACCUCGGACACACAGAUUUUGUAAAAACAGUGCUCUGUCCCCGGGUUUCCGGCUUCAAUAUCCUCAUUUCCGGUGGAGCAGACGCAGAGGUUAUCAUUUGGGAUGUAUCUAAAGGCACGAGGCUCCAUGUCCUCAAAGACCAUUCACGCGGGGUUCAGGACUUGAUUCUAGAUCCUGUUGCGACAGAGGCGAGCGGCGACAUUACAGUUUUCAGUGCCGGCAGCGACCGUACGAUACUCCCUUUUAGCAUACCGUCAAGUCCAGGAUCUUUGGCGGUCUCGGAACCUAUCCUAGAACAUGAAACCAGUGUUUAUAGGUUAUUUUUUGACGAAGAUGGAGAUUUAUGGACUGCCUCUGCUGAUAAAACCGUUAAAUGCCUUACACGAGAAGGUGGGUGGAAAUCAGAUCUUAUCUUAGAGCACCCAGAUUUUGUGAGAGAUGUGGUAGUACACGAAGCAGGUGGGUGGGUGAUUACUGCUUGCAGGGAUGAAGAUGUUAGGAUAUGGAAUCGAGCUACUGGCGAACUCCACCACACAUACCACGGUCAUUUUGAAGAAGUUACUGGUCUGCUAUUACUUGGAUCUAAAGUUGUCAGCGUAAGCAUUGAUGGUACCAUUCGACAAUGGUCUCUCCGCCCAGAGGAUCUUCAUCAAGCAAAACUAGAAGCCAGGGGGGUUCCCAAGGACGAAGAGACCGCUCAGGGUGGAGGAAUGCUGACGGAAGAGGAAGAACGCGAGCUCGAUGAAUUACUGAAUGAAUAUUAGAUGAAAACUUCC